AUGUCGAUGACUCGCCAAGAAAUCCAAGACCUUUGUGUCAAGUCUCUCGAGGAGAAAAUGGUUGGAACCACCGAUAAGGGCAUUGCCAAUGGAAACGGCUUCUAUCAAUACUUUUUCACCAACUUCCCAGAUCUUCGUGUCUAUUUUAAAGGAGCCGAAAAGUUUACCGCUGAGGAUGUGAAGAAGAGUGAAAGAUUCGACAAACAAGGACAACGAAUUCUCCUCGCUUGCCAUCUGAUCGCCAACGUCUUCACCAACGAAGAAGUCUUCAAAGCGUACGUGCGUGAAACCAUCAACCGUCAUCGUAUCUACAAAAUGGACCCAGCUCUCUGGAUGGCAUUCUUCACCGUAUUCACUGGAUAUCUCGAGUCGACUGGAUCAUUGAAUGACCAACAAAAAGCCGCAUGGAUGGCACUUGGAAAGGAAUUCAAUGCCGAAUGUCAAGUGCAUCUCAAGAACUCGAAUCUUCCAUACGUUCACUAG